ACCAUCCUCCCACAUUUCUCGAGUCCGAAUGAAAUCCCGAUGUCCGAGCUGUAGAUCCUGGUGGUGUGGAUCAGCGAGUCGAUGUCUCGCUCACUCUUGGCGUACAGCUUGAUGUCAUCCAUGUAGAGGAGGUGACAAAGAGAGGCAAGGUAAUCCACACAGAAGGGGUCUCACUCCCAGAUGGAACAAUAGCAGACAUUGAGGACAAUUACAAGUACCUUGGAAUACCACAGGCGAACGGCAACCUUGAACAGGCAACAAGGAAUGCGGCAACAGCCAAAUACCUCCAACGAGUAAGGCAAGUCCUAAGAAGCCAGCUCAAUGGCAAGAACAAAUCCCGGGCAAUAAACAGCUACGCUCUGCCAGUGAUCAGAUACCCUGCAGGAAUAAUAAGGUGGCCAAAGGAAGAGAUACAGACCACAGAUGUUAAGACACGAAAGCUCCUCACCAGGCAUGGAGGGUUCCACCCCAAAUCCAGCACCCUGAGACUGUGAGACUGUACGCUAGCCGCAAGGAAGGAGGCCGAGGAGUAGUGAGCGUGAGAGCCACUAUCCGGGAUGAAACAUGCAAGAUCCAUAAGUACAUCAAGGAUAAGGCCCCGACAGAUGACGUGCUGAGUGAAUGUCUCAGGCAGUGGAGAACAGAGGAUGAGAUGCUGGAAGAGGGACCAUCAUGGGAGGACAAGCCCUUACACGGGAUGCACCACCAGAACAUAACUGAAGUGGCUGAUCUCAACAAAUCCUACCAAUGGCUUGAAAGGGCUGGGCUGAAGGACAGCACAGAGGCACUCAUCCUGGCUGCACAGGAGCAGGCCCUGAGCACCAGAGCCAUAGAGGCCCAGAUCUACCACACCAGACAAGACCCAAGGUGUAGACUGUGCAAAGAGGCCCCUGAGACAGUCCAGCACAUAACUGCAGGGUGUAAGAUGCUGGCAGGGAAAGCAUACAUGGAACGCCAUAACCAAGUGGCUGGCAUAGUAUACAGGAUCAUCUGCGCAGAGUAUGGACUGGAAACCCCAAGGUCAAAAUGGGAAACACCUCCCAAGGUGGUAGAGAACGAGCGAGCCAAGAUCCUGUGGGGCUUCCAGAUACAGACUGACAGAAUGGUAAUGGCGAACCAACCAGACAUUGUGGUGGUGGAUAAAGAGCAGAGGAAAGCCGUAGUGGUGGAUGUGGCAAUACCAAGCGAUGGGAACAUCAGGAAAAAGGAACAUGAGAAACUAGAGAAAUACCAAGGGCUCAGAGAAGAACUGGAGAAGGCUUGGAAGGUGAAGGCCACAGUGGUACCUGUGGUGAUCGGAGCACUGGGGGCUGUGACCCCCAAACUGGAGGAGUGGCUACAACAGAUCCCUGGAAAAACAUCCGAAAUCUCAGUCCAGAAAAGUGCAGUCCUAGGAACAGCAAGGAUACUGCGCAGAACCCUCAAGCUCCCUGGCCUCUGGUAAGAGGACCCGAGCUGGGAAAGUGGAUGAGACCACCCGUGGAGGGUGAGAAUAGAGUGUGUAUAUUAUAUAUAUAUAUAUAUAUAUAUAUAAAACACAGCAUUGGCUGAUCUCUACAAAUACCAAUUACAUAUACAUAUAUAUGUAACACAGCUGACAUCUGGCAUAGGCCCUUAUUAGGACGAAGGGGUUUGGAUGAUGAGUGGGUGCGUAUGCAUUUAAGUUUAUCCAUUUAUGCCCGUAGUGAAAAGC